AAUCCUCACUCACUCACAUACUAAUCUCAAUCACCAGCCGACCUGAUCACCAAUUCAUCAUUACAGUUCAGAUUUUUCAAUUUCACACAUCAACAUAAUAAUUUUUUCUUGCUUUGCUUUCACUCUCCCUCUAGCUUUUUCCAAUUUAAUAUUUUCUGUUUUCUGGUUUUUUAGUUGGUGUUCUUCUCCGGCGAGUAACUGAGGCAAAGCUUUCUCUUUUCUUUGAUUUUGGAGCUCCAUUUGGUUAAAAAAACUUGGACCCAAUUGAGAACAAGCUCAAAUGGAACCUGGGUCGGGCUCCGAAUCACUGGCCAAGGCCGAGAGGGGGAGGGGUCCGAGGGGUGGAGCUGCAAUCGGCUCUGUUGAACCCAAGAUCUCGGCCUUUGUGCCGAGGAGGGAUCACAGUCCGAGAGAGCUGAAAUCCUGGGCCAAAAGAACCGGAUUCGUCUCUACUUUCUCAGGGGAGACGGCUGCCAGUGGCAGUGAGAGGAAUGAUAGUGCUGUGUUCGGUUUGGACAGGGGUGUUGAUAGGAGGCGGGGCGGCGGGUCCUCUCCGAAAAUCGAGAUCGACCCGGUUCUGGGUCGCACUAAACCGAGUAAAGGGGUUGAGAUUGAGCCGGAUGCCGGGGCUGGACAUGGAGGGGUGACGAGUGAGGGUGAUGAAGCAGUGAGGGCUGAGGGUAAGAGGAGGAUUGGGAAUGUGCCUGUUUUGGGCGCUUCAGAUGGUGAGAGAAGAGAUGGUGGGAAUGCAAAUAGGAAUGGGGAUGGGAAUGGGGGUGGGAAUGGGAGUGGGAAUGUGCACGGAGUCACAGCAGUUUCUUCGGCGGUGGAGCCGAAGAUAAUUGAUGGGAGAGAUGAAAGAGAUGUGGAAAUGAAUUUGUAUGCAGAUGGGGAAGAACCUCUUGAUGGAGUGUGGCGGAGACCGUCUGCAAUGAAGCUUGGCUUGAGAGAAAAUCCGGGCAUUGUCCCACUAAUGUAUUACGGUCUGCAGCACUAUUUAUCACUGGCUGGCUCACUUAUAUUCAUCCCCCUGAUCAUGGUACCGGCCAUGGGUGGAACAGAUAAGGAUACCGCCACGGUUAUUUCAACAGUGCUGCUGGUUUCUGGCAUUACAACAAUACUGCACUCUUACUUUGGAACCCGACUUCCAUUAGUUCAAGGAAGUUCAUUUGUAUACUUGGCACCGGCCUUAGUUAUCAUUAAUGCUCAGGAAUAUCGAAAUGUUACAGAGCAUAAAUUUAGGCAUAUAAUGAGAGAACUGCAGGGAGCUGUCAUUGUUGGUUCGAUAUUUCAAAGCCUCCUGGGAUUUAGUGGUUUAAUGUCCUUUGUGCUGAGAUUGAUAAAUCCCAUUGUCGUUGCACCAACAGUUGCUGCUGUAGGUUUAGCGUUUUUUAGCUAUGGCUUUCCUCAAGCUGGUAGUUGUGUGGAAAUCAGUGUUCCGCUGAUACUUUUGGUUCUCAUAUUCACCCUGUACCUUCGAGGGGUAUCCAUCUUUGGGAAUUGCUUUUUUCAGAUUUAUGCGGUUCCAUUGAGUGUUAUGAUCAUCUGGACUUAUGCAUUCUUUUUGACAGCCGGUGGAGCAUAUGAUUACAAGGGCUGCAGUGCUGAUGUACCUAGUUCAAAUAUCUUAAUAGAUGCUUGCAGAAAGCAUGCAUAUACAAUGAGACAUUGCAGGACCGAUGUUUCGAAUGCAUUGAGAACUGCUGCAUGGGUUCGGAUUCCUUACCCUUUACAGUGGGGUAUUCCUAUCUUCCAUUUCAGGACUUCUAUUAUCCUGAUCUUUGUGUCGCUUGUUGCAUCAGUUGAUUCGGUUGGAACAUACCACACUACAUCUGUGCGAAUUAAUUUGAAGCCUCCAACCCCAGGAAUUGUCAGCAGAGGAAUUGCACUGGAGGGUUUUUGCAGUAUAUUGGCUGGAGUUUGGGGUUCAGGUACUGGGUCAACAACAUUGACAGAAAAUAUGCAUACAGUUGACAUAACAAAGGUAGCAAGUCGCAGGGCCGUGGAACUUGGAGCAGUUCUCCUAAUCUUCUUCUCAUUUAUAGGAAAAGUGGGUGCCAUUCUUGCCUCUAUACCACUAUCCUUGGCUGCUUCAGUACUCUGCUUCACGUGGGCCCUUGUGGUGGCACUGGGUCUCUCAACUUUGCAAUAUAGUCGAGCAGCAAGUUUUAGAAACAUAAUGAUUGUUGGUGUUUCCUUAUUCCUUGGUUUCUCUAUCCCAGCAUAUUUUCAACAAUAUCAACCCGAAACCAGCCUCAUACUGCCUAGCUAUUUUGUUCCCUAUGGUGCAGCAUCUAGUGGACCUGUCCACACCAACAUUAAACAACUUGAUUUUGCUAUGAAUGGACUUAUGUCUUUGAACAUGGUGGUGACGUUUCUGGUAGCAUUUGUAUUGGAAAACACUGUCCCAGGCAGCCGGCAAGAACGAGGGGUUUAUUUAUGGUCACGUCCAGAAGACAUCUCGAUGGAUCCAUCUUCGCUUGAAGAUUAUUCCUUGCCAAGAAAGCUUCCAGAUAUUUUUGCCAGGCGAAACGUCUAGGUGGGUGAUAUUUUAGCAGACCACAUGUACGAGCUAGGAGUAGAAUAAAAAUUCAAGGGCACUUGGUAGAUUUUGGAUACGGCUCAAGUGAAGAAAAAUAACUAUAUACACAGAGCAAUUAGCUGCCUACACCAAAUUGGAAAUGUUGUAAUAUGACGAGGUUUGCAAUCAAUUCAAUUGAUUCUGCAAAUGACUGGGAAAGUUUAGUAAGGGCUACAAAUUUUGCUCUUUGUGAUCUGUAACUUCAUAAUACAAUUAUUCUUCCUAAAUAGAAAUUUAUUAACCGA